AAAAACAAACGCGGCAUAACGUUUGCAUUGUCGUCUCAUCUUAGCCUUUACGUGUCGAAACCAAACACAUGCACCAACCGCACUAUAUAUAUCUCACACCACACCUUCAAACUUUCAUAUCCUCGUCAGUGCUUACUACUUAAUUUCCACUUCUAAUUAACAAAGUUAAGCAAGCAUUGACUUGGUACCUAUAAGUAGUAAUGGCUGUGGCUUUGACGAUUGUGUUGAGCUUGCUCUCGGUUCUCUCUUCUGCAUCUUGUGCACGAAUGGUGGGGGGGAAGACGGAGGUCCCCGACGUGAGAACAAACAGGGAAGUGCAAGAGCUUGGAAGGUUCGCGGUGGAGGAGUACAACCGCGGUUUGAAACAGUGGAAGAACAAUGGGAGUGAACAGUUGAACUUUUCGGAGGUGGUGGAGGCGCAGCAACAAGUGGUGUCAGGAAUGAAGUACUACUUGAAGAUCUCAGCUACUCAUAAAGGGGUUCACAAAAUGUUCACCUCUGUUGUGGUGGUCAAGCCAUGGCUUCAUUCCAAGCAACUCCUUCAUUUUGCGCCUGCAGCACCAUCCAGUAAAGAUUUUUGAGAUGCAUGCAUGCUAGCUAUUUGGAGCUAAUUAAUUAUAUAAUAAUUAAUAACCAUGGCGGUAUUUGUAAUUGCAAGUGAGCUUUUUGAUUUUCUUCUACUAAAGUUUUCCUCUACUUUUUGUAAUGGGUAUAUCUGUGGGCAGAACAACAAAAAUCAACUACGAGUUGAAAUCUUACUUACCAGCCAUAUGUACCAAAGAAAGUGAAUAAUAACUAUAUAUAUGCUAUAGUUUUGUUCUAAACU